UGCGCUGUGUUUCUGUCUGCUGUUCGUUGACGUCUGUAAGAGAAAAUGCCUGAUCCUGCAAAAUCCACACCUGCGCCCAAGAAGGGCUCCAAAAAGGCCGUCACCAAAACGCAGAAGAAAGGAGACAAAAAACGCCGCAAGACCAGGAAAGAAAGCUACGCCAUCUACGUGUACAAGGUGCUGAAGCAGGUGCACCCAGACACGGGGAUCUCCUCUAAGGCCAUGGGCAUCAUGAACUCGUUUGUUAACGAUAUUUUCGAGCGCAUCGCCGGGGAAGCGUCGCGCUUGGCGCACUACAACAAGCGCUCCACCAUCACCUCCAGGGAGAUCCAGACCGCCGUCCGCCUGUUGCUACCCGGCGAGCUGGCCAAGCACGCAGUGUCCGAAGGCACCAAGGCCGUGACCAAGUACACCAGCUCCAAAUAGAGACGGACAGAGGGUCAACACGAGAGGGACAACAGUCCUCAAAUUACUACCGAGACGAUCUUUAAACCCCGUCUCUGUGUCGGGGUUUUACUUUGCCAAAGCUGCGUAUGUCGGGUUUCCAGGAGAGUGACUGUCAGUUGAACCCAGGCCAGAUGGUGAAUGUCUUCAGAAUCACUGGAACUGCAGCCUGCCAUUUUGUUUUAAGUCAAUGUUUCUGAGCUGUGGAAUGUUUUUAACAAAUUAUUUAUUAAAUUCAGAAUGAAUGUCUGUGCUCUCAAACUGUGGAAGUCUCCCUUGCACCAUUGUAAUACUGAUUUGUAUAUGCACCUUAAAAAUGACCAACACUUAGGCCUAAGCCGAGGGGCAGGUCCUCAUAAUUCAAGUGUUGGCCAAUUAAACUCAAAUCCAAGUGUUCAAUUCCGUGCAGGUGGAAAAUGCCUUCAAAGGGCUUCUGUUAAGUGGGAGCCUAAUAUUUUGCUGUUCUCUGUAAAAAUCUGUAAUAUGAUGAUAAUAAAGGGCAUCUAUUGUGUAUGAUAAAAACAAA